GCAAUACAAAUUCAUUAUAAAACUUUGUUUUUUACUAGCAAUUAAAUUAACAAGAAAGCUAAAACUACAAGCAAAAAACUCGGUGAAGUCCUCAUCAUCUUCGGUUGCAUUGCGUAUGUUCUAUUUUGUCUUUGUUUGUUUAUUCACAGCCACCACCAAAUUAUAUACCCGUCUCUGUUAUUGAUGAGGGAGCUACCAACCCAACUCCUAAACCAACUUCUUAUUCCCUUCUUGUUUUGUAAUUUGACCACCCGCCCAUUUUCUCUCUCAUUCUCUACACUCGCUUUCCUUCCUCAUUUUUGAAGAAACUCAAGUGAUUUCAAUGGUGCAACCUUUCAUCAAUCCAAACUUGGAAGAGUAGGGAGAGACUACGGUUGUGGAAUUCGAGAGAGAGAGAGAUGGACGGUGUUGAUCGAAUGAUCAGGCGGAAGUCUCUGAAAGAACUGCUAGGAUUAAAGGAUAUGGGCUGUUGUGGGGCCACCUGGGUUUUCAGGCCAUCGUCGUCGACAAUAACCGUUAGAGACGAUGAAGACCCACAACAACAAGAAGAAGUAGAGUGGAUCGAUGUGGGCCAGAUUCCGCUGGCGGAGAACGCUUCCGAUCAGGACUGUGUGGGUCAGAUUCCGGCGAUGAACUUGGCGACAGCGUUGGCAGCCGAACGCCACUACCGGGCGGCCCAAGAUUCGGACGAUGAUGGCAGUGGGCUGAGCCCAUUGAGGCCCACUAACAACCUGCCCAGUAACGUAACUGCAGGAACUGCACCGGGAACACCGUUGAGAGUAUCGUUGAUGAGAUUGCUGGCUGAAACGGACGGUGUGGAUGGGGGGAGAGAAACGACAGAAGAACAGGAUGGGAAGGGAGGAGUGGGGUGUGAUUCCACGUGCUGCGUGUGUAUGGGAAGAAAAAAGGGUGCAGCGUUGAUACCAUGUGGUCAUACUUUUUGUAGGGUGUGUUCGAGGGAGCUGUGGUUGAUUCGAGGCUCUUGUCCCCUCUGCAACCGUUCGAUCCUCGAGAUUCUCAAUAUAUUCUAAUUUGAUUGUGAUGUGCGUCCCUGAUUUGCUUUCAUUGGACGGUUGUUUGGGGAUUGUUAUGGUCGUGCAAAAAAAUACAAUAAUCUCAUCACAAUUCAAUAUUUCAAUAUUUUGUCCAUAAUAUUUUGUCUUGCAGGUUGUUAGAUUA